AUGGGGAACAAUACUGCGGCUUGUGUUCACGAUAUUGUUCAAGAUGGAUUUUGCACUAAUUGCAAAAGGUCUGUGAAUACUCAACACGAAUCCUACAUACCUUAUCAUUAUCCCAAGAAGGGUCUAAAGUAUCGUCCAGAAUAUGUGGGGAUUAUAAAACGCCGUGUUUGGGAGAAGUCGUUAAAAGAGAAGAAACUCACUUUAGUCCUCAAUCUACACGACACCCUCUACGACUCUCGUGCAGUUUCAUCACUGUCGGAAAAAGAGAAAUAUCUAACCGAGUCAAAGUGUGAUGAUGACAUGUGGCUAUCAAAAAACGGCGAGGUUUUGUAUAAGCUACGACCUUACGCUCGUGUGUUCCUACGUGAAGCCAACAAGCUGUUCGAGAUGCAUGUUUACGAGUCAACGUGUGAUGAUAUGGUACUGUCCUUGCUUGAUCCCCAAGGAACUUACUUUGGAAAACGCAUCAUCAAAAACGAGAGUGGGUUCAAGAAUCUAGAUAGAGUCUUGGCUGACGAGCGUGGGGUUGUGAUUCUUGACGAUAAGAGCGCGUAUUGGUGGCCCGAUGACCGCGCUAACUUGCUGCAGAUUAGGCACUAUAACUAUUUUAAACGUUGCAUUAAUAAAGAAACUUGGGUCACGAAACUUGUAGAUUUGUUCAAGACAAGACAUCAAGAGUUUUCUUACGCGGAAGAGAGGGGAGAUGAGGAUGCUGAGGAUGGUGGGUUGGCGAAUGCUCUUGAGUUACUGAAAGAAGUGCAUCGUAGAUUCUUCACUGAGGGAGACCAAGAUUUAUCUUCGAGACAUGUUAGGGCGUUUCUUUCCUUUUAA